GUAACCGCAGCGCGUCGCUGCGCCCGCAAACCAGCCGGGUUGUGAGGGACCAGGCCCGGGCAGACCAGCCAUGGAGCUGCCGGACCCUCUUCGUCAGCGCCUGAGCAACUUGAGCCUUACGAUGUUCGGCGACGCCAUCCGCACCGGGCCAGAGUCCAUCGAGGUGGCGGAUAAUGAAAUGGUCUCCAGCUUGCCGCUGCAGAUGUCACUCUAUUUUAGCUCUUACUUCUUCCCGCUGUGGUGGGUGAGCUGCAUUACGAUGCUUCACCUGAAGUACUCAGUCCUGCCCGAUUACUACAAAUUCAUUGUGAUCACUGUCGUCAUCCUCAUCACCUUGAUUGAAGCUAUCCGGCUGUACCUGGGCUGCAUGGGCAACCUGCAGGAGAAGGUCCCUGAGUUGGCUGGCUUUUGGCUUCUGAGCCUUCUACUGCAGUUGCCCUUAAUCCUCUUCUUGCUCCUUAACGAGGGCCUGAAGAAUCUGCCCUUGGAAAAAGCAAUACAUAUCAUCUUCACUGUCUUCCUUACUUUCCAAGUCAUCUCAGCAUUUCUGACCCUGAAGAAAAUGGUCAAUCAGCUGGCAGCGCGUUUCCACCUCCAGGACUUUGAUCGACUGUCUGCUAACAGGUCCACUGCGAGGAGGAUGAGGCGGAAUGCCGAAGAGCUCUGAGCCAGCGCUGAUGAGUAACAUCUGAAACACCAAGAGACUGACAGGACGUCUGAGGUCAGGCCUGAGAAAUGGAACAGUUGCUCUGGGCUGACCCUCUGGCUCAGGAAUUUCCAUGGAGGCGAUGCCGAGACUGAGGCUGAGGCAGUGUCCAGCAGACCUUUCUUGAUAUUGACUUUGCAGGUGCGUGUCCGUAAGUCUGUUGGAAGCUGUAAUCCACCACCUUUUCUGUAAUGUUUGGAGUUAUAAUCUGCAGCUAGAAAUGUGGCAUUUCAGGGAAAGUCAGUCCUGUCCAGUGGAUCUCACUGGGUGUGUCGGCACUCCAGGACGUCGCCCAGCCCAGGCCAACAUAAAACAAACUCUGUGGUGUUCUUGUGAACUCUUUGUUUCAUUUUGCAUUUGUUUUGGCAUUGUUGUCCUAUUGUUACAGAAUAAGAAGGUGGGAAGGAGUUGGGGAAGAAGACAAAACAUGCAAAAUAAUGUGGUAUAAAGAAAAAAUAAUUAAAAAAGUAAAGUGUAACUUCUUUUAAACUUGUCCGUUAUUUAUGGCUGUUCUGGGUUUCAUGGAGCACAUAGCAGUGCUUGAUCAUCAGCGUGCUCAUGCAUUAGGUGGUAUUUUUAAGCGAGAUGAAAUUUGGGGUAUGCUAGUACUCAAUUUUAAUCUCUCUUCAGUUGUUAUGCUUACGAAAAGGAGGUAUGCUGUGGUACUCAAGGAGUUUCUACUGAGAUGAAGCAGGCAGAAAUAGUAUGGUAUUUAAGAAAUAUUUUCUCAUGAAGAUCUUUUAAGUGUUAUUAAACCAUGUUCAGUAUUUGGUGGCACAUAAACUAUUUUUUACCAUAAAUCUUAAACUAUUUAUAUUAAAAUAUCA